UUAUCCAAGAAAAUUAAUUAACUACUAAAUCCGCAAAUCUUAAUUAUUCCGUACAUUCCGAGAACCGCCGACGAUUCGAGUGUGGCCGUCGGCGCCGUAAAUGGGAACGGCGUUGCGACGAUGACGACAACUGCAAAGCUUCUGCAAUUCGCACGACAAUGGAAAUCCACAGCCAAAGAAAUGCUCGGCCACACCAUUGUCUUAGCUCAAUUCUUCUCACUUUUGCACCUCACCGAAAACUACAUCUGCUCCCCAACCCUAGUUUACGGGCCGAGCAUGCUACCGACAUUGAAUUUCACCGGCGACGUUUUGCUUGUCGAAAAGAUGUCGACUUUGCUGGGGAAGGUGGCACCGGGCGACGUCGUUUUGGUGCGGUCGCCGGAGAACCCUAGGAAGACUAUAACGAAGCGGGUAAUUGGUUUGGAGGGCGAUACCGUCACUUUUUUAGUGGAUCCGGCCCGCAGUGACCGCUCUCAUUCAUUAGUGGUGCCGAAGGGUCAUGUGUGGAUUCAGGGAGACAAUCUGUACGCAUCACACGAUUCACGACACGUGGGCCCAAUUCCUUACGGGUUGCUUCUGGGCAAAGUCUUUUAUAGAGUAUGGCCACCUCGGGACUUUGGACCAUUGGGACAAUGAGAGUGAUGAGAUUCGCAAUUGUAGUUAAAGGUAUUUCGUUGGUCCUCACCUUUGAAUUUCCUUACGAUGACCGUACAGAAUAUUCCGUAUCACAUUUUUGGUAAGUUGGUCGGCAUUAAGAGACAAAUGUAAUACAUUUUUAAUGCCUUUUUGAAGUUACUCAAAUAGACGCUAUGCCCUUUCAUUCUGAACCAUAUAACAGUUUAUUUU